AAUCAGAGCCGUUGAUGCAACUGACAUAAGUAGAUUUUACCAAAAAAAUAAAAGAGAUAAAAGAAAAAAGCCACUGUGCUACUGCUUCCCAAAACGCAAGGCAAGCCACUGAGAAACACAGGAAAUGAAUUGAACCCUCCACUGGCCACUGCAAAACCCUAAUUAACGAAGACACAGUGUGUGAGAAUGGCGCUCAAAGGAAAGGAGACGAUCAAGAGCAUGAUGAGGAAAUUCGGAGACAAAGCCCUAACUCCGCGACUGAAGGAGGAGGUGAAGAAGAAAGGCAUAAUGGGAGACAAAACCCUACCUCCGCGAUUGAGAGAGGAGCUCAAGAAGCAAGGCGUACCCGACUCCAAAAUCAUUAUGGGUCGGGCCAAACGUGGCAUCUACGCUGGCCGCCACAUCCAGUUUGGCAAUCAAAUCAGUGAAGACGGUGGCAACAAGUCAAGGAGGACAUGGAAGCCAAAUGUGCAGGAGAAGCGUCUCUUCAGUUACAUCCUUGACCGUCACAUUCGGGUCAAAGUCACCACCCAUGCUCUCCGUUGCAUAGACAAAGCAGGUGGGAUUGAUGAGUACUUUCUGAAAACUCCUUACCAGAGGAUGGAUACAGAAAUGGGUCUCGUCUGGAAAGCCAAAAUUGAAAAGCUUUAUGAAGAGGUUGGGCAGACGCCAGUUGCGUUAAUUAAACCUGAAGCCGAAGCCAAUUUGGAACAGAAAUUCAAACAACUAAAACUAGACGAGAGGGACGUCAGGAGAGAGAUGUACGGUUGGUCAAACAAACUAAAACAGAUUGAGGAAGGAGCUGACAACCAAGUAGCUGAUGAGGAAGGUGCAAGGAUUGGAGAACAAAGCUCUCAUGUUGAUGUUCCGGAGCAGUUGGUUGCAAACUCCUGAGUUUGGAGCUCGUAAACCAGCUUGGAAUGUUCUCGUUUUUGUCAGCUACUCCCAGUUUUUAGAGUUUUGUUUCUCUUCAGGGUUUUUAGAGAGAAAUCGUAGUAGUAGCCGAUCCUGAUAAGCCGAAAUUUGUUCAUCUUUUCCCAUUAUGGAAAUUCACAUGACAGUCCUGUUGGUUUCAUAUACAAUUUUGUACUAAAUAAUUUCUAUAAUCUGCUGCUCUUGAUGAUCCCCUAAAAGGGGUUCAUGAUUCAUUAA